GCCUGAAUGUGCAGGGGUUCCCCGAGGCCUGAAAAAUAUUUCAAGGGUUCCUCCAGGGUCAAAAGGUUGAGAAAGGCUGGCCUAGAACAAUAGCGGAUAUUCUUCAUCGCUCGAAGCUUGGGUGGCGUCUGCUGGAGCGGUUCUAGUGGUUUCCUGUGCAGAACAGAGGGUUGGACUAAGAUGAUUCAGAUGUCUCUUCCAGCUCUGAUUCUCAGAGACUCUACAGCAGUUGAAGAAUUGCAGCUUUGGCUCGAUUUCCACUAUGCCCGGAAUGGUGAUGUUUGGGAGGCGCUGGGCUAUCGGCAGCGAUGACUUUGUCUUCCCUGGAGCCUUUGAACUGUUCAUCAGAUUGACUUGGUGGAUCGGAAUUUUGGUGUUGUAUUCCAUACACAAAGGACGAUUUAAUUGUACGGGAGGUAGUUUGCUGAACAGUUACCUGCUCAUCCUCCUUAUCCUCCUGGCAUUCAUCAUAGGUGCUGUGUCAUCUAUUCUGUACAUUAGCAUGCAAGGAACGAUUUCCAACCCUGGACCACGAAAAUCACUUUCCAAACUUCUGUACCUCCGCCUGGCCCUCUACGUACCAGAGCUGGUGUGGGCUGUUGUGGGCACCAUGUGGGUAGCAGACAGGAGCGUAAACUGUGAAAAGGCUAUGAUAAAUGCCAUUUCCGGGACGGUCAUCGCCAGCUGGGUGAUCAUUGUCUUUACUGUUGUGGCAAUUAUCAUUAUCUUUGAUCCACUCGGAAGGAAGACGGUCCAUCUUGCUGACCAUGCCAGUCGCAAUCUGGAGAGCAGCCAGUCUGGGCAGCUGCUUUACAACAUCAAGAAGAAGGCAACCCGAGUCUGGGAAAAAAGAAUCCGGUUGUUGUGUUGUUGCAUGGUGCAAGAUGACGAUCAUCGAGUGGCUUUUACGAGCAUUGCCAAACUUUUACGUUCCUACUUCUCGGACACCGACUUAGUGCCAAGCGACAUAGCUGCAGGCCUGACUCUGCUUCACCAGGAGCAAGAUAAGGUGGAAAAUUCAAGAGACCUUGAAGAAGUUCUGACUCAGUCUCCAUCGUCUCCUGCAGUGAAUGAUUUGGAGGUUGAAUUAGACAACGCUGCUCAUUAUAUGAAGUUUGCUGCGGCUGCUUACGGCUGGCCCUACUAUAUCAUGACAAAUCCUUUCACGUGUCUCUGUAAACUGAAAAGGUUUUGUUGUGGAAACAGCCCAGUGCAGACGGAGAUCUUUGGCAAUGAUUACCUUAGCGUGAACUUUGGUUCAAUCUUACAAAUAACAGGGCUGCAGGACAGAGAUUUCAUCCACAUCAGCUUUCACAAUAAAAUUUUUGAGAUACCUUUCUUUGUCGCCUUGGAUCACCAAAAAGAAGCUAUCGUUGUAGCUGUGAGAGGAACUUUAUCAUUUGAGGAUGUCCUAACAGACCUCUCGGCAGACUGUGAAAACUUAACUCUCGAAGAUGUCCUAGAAAAUGGUCUUGUGCAUAAGGGGAUAACCCAGGCUGCCAAUUAUAUUUAUAGAAGACUGAUAAACGAUGGGAUUUUGAACCAAGCACUUACCAUUGCUCCAGAAUAUAAACUCGUUGUCGUUGGCCACAGCUUAGGAGGGGGGAUUGCCUCCAUCUUGGCUAUCAUGCUCAGAAACUCUUUUCCCACCUUAGGAUGUUACGCUUUUUCUCCACCUGGGGGUUUAUUAAGCAAAUCGCUUGCAGACUACACAAAGCAGUUCACUGUGUCGGUCAUCGUGGGAAAGGACAUCGUUCCCAGGCUAAGUAUGCUGAACUUGGAAGACCUCAAAGGAAGGAUCAUUAGAGUGGUUGCCAACUGUAACAAACCCAAGUACCAGAUUCUUUUGCACGGGUGCUGGUAUGAAGUCUUUGGAGGACAACCUGAUAACUUCCCAACAGAACUGGACGGUAGCAGCCAAGGUUCUUUGACCCAGCCUCUCCUGGCUGAAGAGAACUUGAUGGCCCACCAGUCUCCUUUGUACACUACUUUAGAUGACAAUUCCCCUUUAAGCUCUGGCCCUCAGUACCCCCACUUGUUUCUCCCUGGAAGAAUCAUCCAUAUUGUUGAAGAAAACAGCUCAAGAAGAUGGUUCUCCUCUGAAGUCAAAUAUUCAGCAAGCUGGUCGAGAGAAACUGCCUUUGGUAAUAUUUUAAUAAGCCCCAAAAUGAUAACCGAUCAUUGGCCAUACACAGUCUUCAGAGCUCUGCUCAGCUUGGUCCAAACCAAUACAUCUUGCCUUUCCUGCGGAACACAAGGCGACACCUUUCUGAAUGUUGUAUAAUUGCAGAGAUUGGACAAGCGCAAUGUGACUGCUUCCAGGUGUUCACAAGAGCAGCCUUUAGCUGUUCAGCUCAGUGGGUCUGAAGCAGAAACCAGGGCAAGAUCUUCAGAAGUUUCUGGAUGACUACGUUGGGUUGCAGCAACGUCUUCUGGACUGCUCUGCUAAUGGGAGCCUUUCAAAGCUGAGAGGUUUCGUCUUGACAGAAAGAUGUGAUCUGAGAGUGAAGUUUAUUAUGUCACUGCUGGCCAGGGACUGCUGGACAGAACCACCCAAACGGUGAUGGGAGACAGAAAGUGGUGGUUGCUGUGAUCCUAAUGAUGCAGAACUUUAGAUCCAACUGAUAUGCUACAGAUUUUUCUGAAACAAAGUUAUGUGUCCUCGAAACAGUCUCCUAUGACAUAGUGACAUGUAUCUGCAGGUUUAUGAAGUACUUGUAAAUGUGUAAAUAAAUCAGGAAUGUUGGUGAAAAUUAAGUUCAAGACAUCACCUAUUUGGAUAUGCAGUGAGGACCCCCUGCCAAUUCUUACGCUUGUUAAUGAUCAGAAAUGUCUUGGUGUUCUGUAUUUCUUGAAUCAGCAUUCUAGAUGCUUUUUGCAGACUGAAUUCUGUUCUUGGAUAUAUGUGCAAUUAUGUCCACUUUUGUUUACAGUUUUCUAACCCUGCUAAAUGUGCAAUUAAUUAUAGAAAAUUUAAAAUCCA